UCAGCUAGUAACGUUAGCUGUGUCCGUAGCAUAACAGCUCCGCUAUCGGAAUUCAAAACAAAAGCUGUCGGAAGCACGUUAUCUUGUUCAUCACCGAUUUCGACGUUAAUAUGGAGCUGUAGGCAGAAUUUAUAAAUAAAGUGUUGAGGAAUGGUCUGACUGCAGCAGCACCAGUAAAGAUGCACAGCCGUCUGCAGGAGUUGAAGAAGGAAGAGGAGACUCUCCUCAAAAUCAAAGUCAUGCUACAAGACCAGCUGAACAGGUUGAAGUUUGAAGAAGGAGCCUUGAAAUCGAUCAUUAGUGCUCAAACAGAAGAAGGAGACCCUCAACGAUCUUCCCCAGAAACUGAGGUUCAUAUUAACCUUGACGAUGAGAGCGAGAUCAAUCAAACCAAACUGCUACUGAACGCCGCUGUAGAUUUUGAUAUGGAAGAGGAAGAUGAUGAGGAGGAGGAUGAAGAGGAUGAGGAUGAUGAUGAUGAAGAAGAUGACAAUGAGCUUGGGUUUGCGCCUGAGGACGAUGAGGAGGAGGAUGAUUACUGAGAUUCUCAAUAUUUGCACCACUGAAGAAGAACCACAUGUAAACGGACAUCUGUUGAUUUGUUUACCCGUUUAUCACUUAUGGAGUUUAAUUUAUUUGGAUGGAGUGAGUUACACUUACAGUUUAACAUGUGCGUGAUUCCAGGCUUGUCAUCCACAACAUGGUAGAAUUCAUGUGUCAAAUUUUGUGAGAAAUGUCUCACUAAAAUGCAGUAAGACAGUGUUAUUAGGUGCCUAUAGUUUACUAGACAUAUUGCAUUUCGAGGAUUAGCAUUAAAAUGUAUGGCUGGGCCAUAUAAGAAGAUAGUGUGUAUGUACGAGAUGAUAAUUGUAAGCACAAAAUAAAAUGUUUUGCAUAGGGUU